AUGGCUAUGAAGGUACAGAGUAAUAGCUUUCACAUUCAGCAUGAUAGUUUCUCUGAAGCAGAACACUUAAAUGGGAAACUGCUAAAAGGAAACAUGGUUGUAGGAAUUACUGGGGAUAAAAAUGCUGUUCAUCCAUAUCGUGGUUAUAGCUUUACUCGUGCACUAACUGAUGGAAAAGAGGAUUUAGGUUCUCUUAGAUUGAGCAGUCACCAAGUGAGUCUGUUGCUUUCUUCCAUCUGGGUUCAGGCAACCUCUGUAGAAAAUGGCCCUGCAAAUUUUGAGGCAAUGGCACACACUUUUAGCAUCUCUUUAUUGUUUACUCGUUCUAAGGUUCUGAUUUUGAGUGAAAAUUUUUGGAUUUUGAGCUCGGCGGUGGCACAUGGUUGGGCUCCACCAGAGAUGGAAGGGUGGCUUUCCUCACCAAUUUCAGGGAAGUUGAAAGCCUUCCGGAACCCAAGACCUGGGGAGACUUACCCCUCCGAUUCCUUCAGGUCACACACUCCAUCUAUUUGUUACUUUGUUUCUUAA